AGCGUCGCCAUCUUUACGCCAGUGUGCUACCUACCGGUGGGUUGUUCAGUUCAGCGGAGCAACGGUGCUGUUGCUGAUCCACCACCGAGCAGCUAGAUAAUCCUCACUUUCCACUGGGACGAGCAGCCCAAACAACAUCCGAGCACCAUGGCGGAUAGAGAGAACUUAGUAUACCAGGCGAAACUCGCCGAGCAAGCGGAGAGAUACGACGAAAUGGUGGAGUCGAUGAAGAACGUGGCCAGCAUGGACGUGGAGCUGACGGUGGAGGAGAGGAACCUGCUGUCGGUAGCGUACAAGAACGUGAUCGGGGCCAGAAGAGCGUCCUGGAGGAUAAUCAGCAGCCUGGAGCAGAAAGAAGAAAACAAAGGCGGAGAAGACAAACUAAAGAUGAUCCGGGAAUACAGAAAAACGGUCGAGAAAGAGCUGAAAUCAAUCUGCAACGACAUUCUGGAUGUACUGGACAAGCACCUCAUCUUAGCUGCAGUCACAGGAGAAUCUAAGGUUUUCUACUACAAAAUGAAGGGAGAUUACCACAGGUACCUGGCAGAGUUUGCCACAGGCAACGACAGGAAAGAGGCAGCCGAGAACAGUCUGGUUGCGUACAAAGCUGCUAGCGACAUCGCCAUGAUCGAACUCCCUCCAACGCACCCCAUUCGUCUGGGACUGGCCCUUAACUUUUCUGUUUUCUAUUAUGAAAUCCUCAACUCGCCAGACCGUGCUUGCAAGUUGGCGAAGGAAGCGUUCGACAAUGCCAUCGCAGAACUGGAUACGCUGAGCGAGGAAAGCUAUAAGGACUCAACACUUAUCAUGCAGUUGCUACGUGACAACUUGACACUAUGGACCUCAGACGUGCAGGGAGAUGAUUCUUAAGGACAGCCCUCUUCCCUCACUCUUCCAUUAUACAAGUCUAAUUUGUAAGUCAUUCCUUCUGCCUGUCUUUGUCUGUUUCACCUCGAGCUGUCUCUCCUGUCUCACCACCCUGGCAUCCCUCACUAACCACCUCACAUUAUAAAGGAAUGUUUUUUGGGUGAGAGGAGAUUAUCUCCUCUCCUGCCCUAUCUGCCCACAGCUCUGAAGGAUUACCUGCUGCUUUUUCACCUGUUAUCCACCUAUUUCUGCACGAGUGGAACUCGAGUGCUGUGUGCUUUUAGUGUUGUCGGAGUGUCCGCGAGUCGCUAAAAGUUGAAAUAAUGCUAGGUUGCGUUUUGUUUGAAUAGUACUGUCCACUAGAUUUCAUUUCCCAGCUCCUCUUAUCUUCUGUUACUCAAUGUAGUCUCUCAUUGAGGUUUUAUUUCUCCCUCUUUUUUUUCCACAAUUUUCUCUCAACACGCUUCCAGUGUAAGUAAUGGGGGGGGGGGGGUACAAAACUAAAAGCUAAUACGAGGGGGGGAGCCACAAUCCUCUGUAGCUCUGUAUCGCGCUACAUUCUUAAGAUUGUGAUUCCGGCCUUGGAACACAGACUGAAAGAACUUGCGGGCGCCUUCGCCGUGCUCGUCCGUCUCACUGAACACAGCCCGUUGGGGCGGUGCAGCAGUAAGCCCGUGAACGCAGCGCUCUGGAGUGUGAUGUAACGGAUAAACUGCAGUAACAGCGUGCGAGGCCGCGGCUCUGUCUCCCGCGGCUUUCUCACAUCCCGGUUAGCCGUGUUGCUAAUGAGCACUGUUGCAGUUUCUGUUCUAAUCAUGAUGGAUUCUCGAGCCUUUUGUUAUUCAUGCCUCUUAAUUCUUCAUUACACGGAUGGCUGUGCUGUCUCUAUGGUAACCUUUCUCAGCAACCAGUCGUACAGGUUCACAAGGCAUUUCCCUCGCUCGGUACGUCUGACCGCGGCUUGUUGUGAAGGCACUGUGGACUAACUGGCUCACUCGACUGCAUGUUGACACGAUCGGCGCUUAACACUGUGGUCUACUUCUACGUGUUGGGAUUGUUUGUUGCAUGGUUGACCAAUCCACACACUUCUGAUGGAACGAUUGUGUUUCAGGGAUUUCAGUUUGACUCUUCAAAAAGCACCAAAUAAGCACGCAGACCUUUCCCUCGUUGUAUUCCUUUACGCUUUCUAAUAACGGCACGGCAAACAACGUCUUUGUGCCAAAACAAACUGCAUAUCCUGUUCAUGAGAGAGGACAAUAUGAUCUGCUUAAUGCUGAACUGGUAACCCGGUUGGCAACAAGUUUGUACUUAAUACUAAAACUUUAUGCUAUUAAGCAAUGCAAUACAUUAAUGUAUUUUACUGUUUUGUAGUGACGGGAAAAUUUAGCAAGCCCCUGUUUAGUUUUUAUGCCUUUUUAAUUCAGCUAUUGAUUAAAUGUUAAUGACAAUAACAUAAUGCUAAUAACAAUAGAAAUGAAUCAUUCGUCAAUAACAAGCCGUGUGUUGUUAUGGAUAGAGAAUACAAUAAUCUCAGCCGGAUCUGUGAACUAGUCUUCCUCCUGGUCGACCUCAUGGAAGCGAAACACCCAGCAGGGAGGAGCUGCCUCUGGCUGGCCUGUUCAUCAGAACGGCCACAUUUAAUUAAGCCGCCUUUUAAAGAGAAUCUCUCAUUGAGUGUGCAGAGAUGACAUUGUGUUAUGUUC